AUGGCUCUAGUUAAUAAGGACGAUCGUACGAAUGCUACGAUUCAUCAAUCGAAUUUCAAGAAGAAAAUGGUUGUUGCCUCAAAGGCUCUUCAUAGAAGUCUGUACGGAUGUACAAUCUCCAUCAAAAGCGACCCGACGAAACUACAGAACAAAGAAUAUCAGGACGCUGCUGCGCUUGCGCUGCAACUGCGCUCCAGGGGAUAUAUCGCGUAUUCAACUGAAAAUCGAAUCAGGAUUGGACCGCGUGGCGACUCCCGCUGGUUCGCGUGCACUGAUCCAGCUCUACGCACAGUGCUCAAUGCGGAUGCCGCGCCACAGCUGCCCGGGAAAUGA